AUGAAUCGCGUUCCAAGGUCAGCAUCACAACUAUUUUCAUCCAAAAAGCAGCAACCAAGGCCAGGAGGUAAUAAGCAAAGAGAGGAAAAACCAGUGCAUCAAAUUACCGUUGAGCCGAGGAAGAAACCGCAAACUCCGUUAACUCCUUUUGAUAUACAAAAUAGUUACAAGCCUACAAAGCAAUUCACCAUUACAAGAAGUAUCAGCAAAUCAAUUUCAUUCUCUAAAAACGGCGUAGAUCUUAAUAUCACGCCAUCUGUUUCUGAGUCUGACUUAGCACAAUCCAUUCCUCUUUCACCAAGUCUCGAGUUCCCUGUCAAAGACUACUAUACAGUUGAAGAUAUGCUCGCAAUGAAACCCGCAAAUUACACGACUAAGCUUAUGACACCAGGAUUUAUCAUGUUACUUCAUCUUAAGAGCAUAAAGACGAAUCAGAACCAGUCUGAUCAGAUGCCUAAGAAGAAGAAACCACAGCGUCCGAAGCAACCACUCACAGGUCAACCAAAACUUCUUGCGCAUGAUGGUGAUAGGUUCAUAAGCUCCGCUGCAGCAAAAAAUGUCGGUUUGUACGAUGAAAAAUCACCAGAAGCAUUGAGUGCAGCAGCACAAAGAAUAUUGAACCGUUUGAACUCAAGAAAUAUAGAAAAAAGCGUCAUAGAUGUUAAGAAUCUCAAUAUUGGCUACGAAGCAGUCAUCGGAUUGCUUCUAGAUCGAGCAACAAUGGAUACAGAAUUUCCAGAAAGAAAUCUUCAACUCACGAACUUCAUUACAUACGCAAUUGUCUACGCAAAUGAGUCUCCUGGCUUCGGAGAGCUCCUAAUUAGCAUGAGCUACGAUGCAGCUAACAAAUUAAUCGGAGAAUCCCAAACAGUGCCUAUUGCUUCAUUCCAAUGCAUCGCUGUAUGGCUAUCAGCUCUCUUCAAUGCAGGAAUGGGCCCUGAGCAUGCUCUUUAUCAAUUUUUCAACGAUGUUAUGAGAAAUGAACCAAGAGAGCGUGCAAUUGAUGUAAUAAGGUGCGGAAUGUACAUUUGUGGAAAGAAAGUUGGUCCAAACUUUGAAAUUUUCUAUAAAUUCCUCAAAGAUCAUCCUUCUCAUUUUGGAUACAAGAGAUUCCUCGUCGAAGAGCUCUUCAACCUCAAAGAUAACAAAUGGGAUAGACGUGCCCUCGAUCCAAAGGUCCAAACAACAGGUUUACGAAUCGAAUUUGGCAAAAAACAAGAAGAAGAGCAGAAAGAGGAUCCACAUGAUGUUGAUGAUGCUGAAACACUCGAACAAGAGUUCAGAAGCUGGUUGAAUGAAGAAGAUAUCCAAUUUACGAAGUUCAGACCGGAACAAAUCAUCAGAUUAACACUUAGACAGCUUCCAAGGCACUUUAAAGACGCCAAUGACUUUGUACAAUACGCGGCAUCAUGUCUUUCCAACAUUUCUAAGGAUUCUGGCCGACUUACGGAUAUCAUCCGAGAUUAUUUCGAUGUUUACCAAGAGAACGUUCGUGUUGAAGAGAGUCCUGGCCUUUGGACCCUGUUCUUCAUGCAGUUAAGCGCAUAUAUGGUUGAAGGAUUAGUCAAAUUCUCAUUCAUACACGAAAUGAUCAUGAAAGCCAUGGAAUCCGAACAUCCACCACGUAUGAAGAACGCCGUGUUCAAGAUUGCUGAGAUUACAGGUGCUCCAUUAGAAAAUGUCCUAAAUCUUAUGGAUGCGAUCCCAGAAACAGUUAAAUCUGAUCCAGAAUUCAUACAAGGAUGUGUUGCUCUUGCUGAAUACACAGUUCCAGAAGGAAUUGACGAGAUUGAGGCAGGAAAAUCUGGAAUUGUUCAGGCAGGUGUCAUAAUAAGAGACGCCGUUGUUGCAGCACUUCAGGAUGAAGUUGAAGAUCCUUUGACUUUCUUGGAAUCAAAGAAGAACGUCUUUAGAGGAUUGUUUGAAGUAUACGGAAGAAAUAUGAUAAAUGUCGCAAAACAUGUUGUAGAUUUGUAUCAGUUCCCAACAGAGAGACGAGAACAACUCGUUUCUGGUAUAGAGAAAAAUAUAUUUGAAGCUGAAUAA